AACCCCCGACCCAACACGCCACUUCCCACUCUCUCUCUCUCAAAAUUUGUGCAUUGUGUUUGAGAGGAGAAAAAAUGGUUGAUGAGUUCAUGGUUUGUGUGGAUAGAAUAAUAGCUUCUGCUGCAUGCUUUGAACGGUCAUCAUCAGAGAGUGAUAGAGAAACUAGUAUUAAUGAUAAUGCUGCUGAGAAUGUUAAUGCAAUUAGUGAAAUGGUUUCUUUGAAAAAAGGCAAUAGCUUUAAUGGAAAAGAUAUUGGUGAAGGAAGUUCAACAAAGGAAAGUAUGAGAGAGUGUAGGAUUUGUCAAGAGGAAGAUGACGAAAAAGAUAUGGAGGCUCCUUGUGCUUGUAAUGGCACUCUCAAGUUUGCCCAUAGGAAGUGCAUUCAGAGAUGGUGCAAUAAAAAGGGUGGUAUAACCUGUGAAAUAUGCUAUCAGGUUUUCUCACCCAAUUAUACAAUUCCACCCCCGAGAAGUAAUGUUGAUGUUAUGACUAUUGAUAUCAGGCAAGCAUGGGCUCAACGCAUUGGUCUUCGUGAUCCUCAUUUUUUUACUUUUACGACAGCUGAUCACCAGUUUCUGCAAUCAGACUACGAGGAAUAUACUGUUGCAAAUAGUCGAACUCUUGCAUGUUUUCGCUCUGUGGUGAUCAUUCUGAUGCUAAUCUUGUUGAUACGCCAAACUUUAUUGGUCACAAGAGACUUUGGGAUGGUUCAUGCGUCAUCAGGUUUCUUCCAUUAUCAGAUAUCUGUUCUUCAGUUGGCCGGAAUCCUUAUCCCUUGCUAUGUGGUGGUCCGUUCGUGGUACAUUGUACAAUGCCGCCGGAGGAGACAGGUUUUUAACGCUGUUAUGUCAUUCACCUUCUGUGAUUGCUCUCUGCUUUGUGUUUUCGUAUUUUCUGAGUUCUGGUUCCAAUAAUAAACUGGAAAGCAGACUAACCCUGAAAUUAACACAACCGAGUUCCAAAACCGAUAUAAUUUAAUCCAAAGCAGUCCAAAUGACAACUGUUGUAGUCAAUUUUGUAAGUAAUACUUGGUAUCGUUUGAGUACAUAGAUUUGGGCUGGUAAAUUAACACGCAUGUGAUACACACAUCACUUGAUGUACAAAAGCAAGAACCUAUGUUUUACUACAGAGUGGACUAUCUUUAUGUAAUUCUGAUGUUGCUGAGCUUUGUUUGCUUCUGUCACUACUCGUGGUUUGGUGUCGACUGAAUUUGCCUAUGUCCAUGCAGUUUGUAUACUUUCGGUUUCUAAUCUGCUUUAUUGUUUAUUCAUCAGGGGUGAGAUUAAAGGGAUUGAAUCAAAAUUAUCUCUGGUUUAGGCAGCAGCAUCAUUUUCUUAUGCUCCUGAAUACUGGGCUCGUAUUUGUACAUCGGAUUUUCUCUUCUUCCCACAGUUGUGUUCAUAUCUGAAGGUGCAACGACCGAGGAGCAAACUUGCUGCCAUAAAUUAUAAGAAACUUUUUUAUUCAACCUGUGAGCUCAGAAGCAAAUGUAAAUGUGAAUGUUGAGUUCAUUAGGUGUUUUUUUGGAUUGCUAAACUACAGAUUUUGUGGGGGUGCUACUGAGUUUUGGGAUUUUUUUUCUGAAAGUUAACAUUUUUCCUGAUUUUCUUGUUACUUUUUGCACGGAUGCUGCAAUAUCACAUUUAUUUAGACAAA